UUUCUUUCUUUUCCUUCUUCCUUCUCUGAGCCAUUCAUGAUGGCCCUUAGUAAUUCCAACUGCAGCCUACUCCAACCUCCAUUUUUCUUGAUUGGCAUCCCAGAUUUAGAGGAAAGCCAGCACUGGAUAGCAUUGCAGCUGUGUGUACUUUACUUCCUUGCUCUAGUGGGGAAUGUCACCACCAUCUUCAUCAUCUGGACUGACCCAUCCUUGCACCAGCCUAUGUACCUCUUCCUGGCCAUGCUAUCUGGCAUUGAUCUGGUCCUGGCCUCCUCCACUGCACCCAAAACCCUUGCAGUGCUCCUGGCUCAUGCCCAUGAGAUUGGGUACACUGUCUGCCUGAUCCAGAUGUUCUUCAUCCAUGCAUUCUCUUCCAUGGAGUCAGGUGUACUUGUGGCCAUGGCUUUGGAUCGCUAUGUAGCCAUAUGUCACCCUCUGCACCAUUCCACCAUCCUGCAUCCGGGGCUCAUAGGGUGCAUUGGCGUGGCAGUGUUGGUGCGGGGAUUACUCCUCCUCCUCCCUUUCCCUAUCCUACUGAGGAGACUUGUCUUCUCCCAGGCCACCGUCAUAGGUCAUGCCUAUUGUGAACAUAUGGCUGUGGUAAAACUUGCCUGCUCAGAAACCACAGUGAACCGAACUUAUGGCUUGGCAGUGGCACUGCUUGUGGUUGGGCUAGAUGUCCUGGCCAUUGGUAUUUCCUAUGCCCUCAUCCUCUGCGCAGUGCUGAAGGUACCAGGGGGUGAGGCCCGACUUAAGGCCUUUAGCACUUGUGGGUCUCAUAUUUGUGUCAUCCUGGUCUUCUAUGUUCCUGGAAUGUUCUCCUUCCUCACUCAUCGCUUUGGCCACCAUGUACCCCAUCACGUCCAUGUUCUUCUGGCCACACUCUACCUCCUUGUGCCACCUGCACUCAAUCCUCUUGUCUAUGGGGUGAAGACUCGGCAGAUCCGCCAGCGAGUACUCAGGGUGUUGUACAUAAUAGGACGGAUCUGA